AUGUUUUCCCGCGUCGAGUACACAGAAGACGAUGUGCGGCUAAUAUUGGAGGUGAUGCACCGCCUGGGCGCCCCUUGGAAUAUUUCGCAGCUUACGCGUGAGAUGCACAAGGCACGUCCGACGCACCCGUACUAUAGCUACCAAACGUUUCUGCAGCGCAACAUGUUUGACGAGCGGAACUUGGUGCACAUGUAUGAACAGAAAUACGGACUGUCUGAUAUGGAUGGGAGCAGCUUGCGCAAGCUGCGAAGGACGCAUGCCAAGCACGACGCCAACAGUGCACCACAGCCCUCUCUGCUCGGCUCCGAGGGGAUCGAGACGGAGGGGUCGGAAAACGAGAUGCACAGUGCAGAGGACGGAGGACAUAGCGAGAGCGAGGAGGAGCCCAUGGACGAGGCCGAUCUGCUCGCAUUCGAGGCCGUGCACAGGCCCGUGUCGCAAUUCACCGAGCCACAGCGCGAUUUGCUGCUUGGAAAGCUUGUCGAGAUGCUCGCCGAGCACGGCUGGCACGAGCACGAUGCACUGCCCGAGCCCAGCUCGCAGUUCUGGCGCGAACUGACCGAAGUAUACCCCGGCGUGCCCUGGAAUGGAAUUUUUUCCCGGGAAAAAGAGUGGCUCUGGCGCGCAGUGCGCGAACGCUUCUUUCGAAAGACCACGCCGACCUCUUUGCAAGAGGGCGAUACGGAGCACAGCGUGGUGAUUGGGGAUGGUAACAUGGACAGCGUAGAUGUAUCAGAGAUGCUGCAGUCGGAGCGCCCCUCCGGCGCCCACGCCCAGCGAGCGCCGCCAACAGAGACGCUGGGGCCCUUGGCUUCGACGCCGACUGCACGCCGAAGCACACAGCCUGCAACUGUGCCGCGACACCGCACGGCACAGACGCCGUCACGCCUGCAACACCUGCCGCAGUCAUCGCCUGUUCUUCCGACGCAGGCCAUGCUUUUACCGACAGCGAUGCACACCGCGAUACAUACACCAGAGAGCCACACACACACACAAACACCCUAUUCUGUGUACGCCGGCCAGCGGCAGGACCACCACGAUGCCAAGGUCAUUGCACGGCAGCAUCUUAUGGAGGACCACAGCGACCAAGGGCCUUCACCGUCGCCGACGGUGCGCCGCGGCGCUGUGCCUCUGUAUUUGAACGAGUAUACCCCGGUGCAAGACUCGCGCGAGGUAUACCCAUUUGCUGCGCCUCGGGACGUAUCGCCGCAAGCAAUCUCGAGCACCAGUCUUGCAGACACUACAUCGGUUGGGGAUGUGUCUUUUACGGACAAUGUACAGUACCGACGCGCGUACCUGCGCGCAAAAAUGCGAUUCAAUGCUCGCGUGCUUGAUAUGUGCGACGAGUUUGGGUUUGCCGCGCCGUCGCAGCUGCAGGAAUUUAUGUACGCGGCACAGGGCGAUCCUGAAGAGUGCCGCGCGCGCAUUUUACAUGUUCUCGAGUGCCUUGCACACGAAUAUGGGCUUGGUAUGGGUCGCAUCAUGGAGCUCAUGGUGCUCCAGCACGGCGAUAUGCGCCAGGUGCGGUCUAUCCUCGAGAUUACACGGAUCCGAAACACGUAG